AUGUCGAUGCGCUUAGUGUUGAACAGCGCUGGCGAGGUGACCCUCGUCAGGUACGCCGAGCGGUUGCCGCCGGCGGUGGCGUGGACAAUGCCGACGCCGUUCACCUACUCGCUGCCGGGGACAGCCACACACGCGGCGCUGGCGAUGCCACAGCAGGUGUCGACGACGAUGCCGGCGCCAAUGGCGCUUCCGCUGCGAGCGCUGCCGGUGGCGGGUCGCUCGCCGGUGAUCGUCAAGGUGCGGUCCGUCUGGGCGCACAACUUGGAGGAGGAGAUGGCGCUGAUCGAGCCGCUGCUGAUGACGAGCUUCCGGUUCGCCGCCGUCGACACCGAGUUCCCGGGGACGGUGCACCGGCCGUCGCGGCCGGCGUACACGCUCACGGCGAAAGAGAAGUACGCGCUCCUGAAGGCGAACGUCGACGAGCUCCAUCUCAUCCAGCUCGGCCUGACGCUGUUCGACUCCGACGGCCGGCUGCCGGACCUCGGCACCGGCGGCGCCGUGCACUACGUCUGGGAAUUCAACUUCCGGGAGUUCGACCUCCGGCGCCACCGCCACGCGCCGGAGUCGAUCGAGUUCCUGCGGACGAAGGGCGUCGACUUCGACCGGACGCGGCGGGACGGCGUCGAGGCGACGGCGCUGGGUCCGCGGCUGCGCCAGUGGCUGCGCGCCGGGCUCGGCCGCGCCGGCGUCGUCACGUUCAGCGGCGCCUACGACCUCGCCUACCUGCUCAAGCUGCUGUACGGCGGCGGCUACCGGCUGCCCGGCGACGCGGCGGUGUUCGCGCGCGUCGUGAAGACGACGGUCGGGAGCACGCACUACGACGUGAAGGAGAUGGCGCGCCACUGCCCCUGCGACCUCCGCGGCGGGCUGGAGUGCGUCGCCGGCAAGCUCGGCGUGCUGCGCGCCGCCGGCGUGGCGCACCAGGCCGGCUCCGACAGCCUCCUGACGUGCCAGAUGUUUACGCGGAUGAGGGAGCGCUAUUUCGACGACGACACGCUGACAGCCGUCGCCGGCGUCCCGCCGUGUUAG